AUGGCUAUCCGCCACCUCCUAACCGCCGCCCGCCGCUCUCGAAAUCCAACUCAUGCACUCGCAGCCGUGCGUUCCCACUCUACCGCCGUCGCCGCAGCUAACGCCCCCUCGCCACCUUCUCCGCCUCCCCCAACCGCCAUGAUCUACGAUCGAUUAGCCGAAUCCGUCAAGCAAAAGAUUAAGCAGCUUGAAUCCCCGGACCCGCGGUUCCUCCAGCACAGCUCUCCGCACCCAACCCUAGCUUCUCACACCGAAAUCCUAGCCGCCCCUUUAACCCGAAUCACCACCCUUCCUAAUGGCCUCCGAGUUGCCACCGAGUCGACUCUUUCCUCCCGCACUGCAACUGUAGGAGUGUUUAUUGAUGCUGGGUCUCGGUUCGAGACCGAGGAGACCAAUGGGACUGCUCAUUUCUUGGAGCAUAUGAUAUUUAAAGGGACUGAAAGGCGGUCUGCGAGGGAGCUGGAGGAGGAGAUUGAGAAUAUGGGCGGACAUUUGAAUGCCUAUACUUCCAGAGAGCAGACCACUUAUUAUGCUAAAGUGAUGGAUAAGAACGUGCCACAGGCGCUGGAUAUUCUUUCGGAUAUUCUGCAGAAUUCGAAGUUUGAGGAGAGUCGAAUUAAUCGGGAGCGAGAUGUUAUUCUCAGGGAGAUGGAGGAGGUUGAAGGUCAGACUGAAGAAGUUAUAUUCGAUCAUCUACACGCCACUGCAUUUCAAUACACGCCCCUGGGCAGAACAAUUCUUGGGCCUGCUGAAAAUAUCAAAACAAUUGGCAAAGAGCAUCUAAGAAACUACAUAUCAACACACUAUACUGCUCCCAGGAUGGUGAUUGCUGCCUCUGGUGCAGUCAAGCAUGAGGAUAUUGUUGAGCAGGUGAAAAAAUUGUUUACAAAGCUAUCGACAGAUACAACCACAGCAUCUGAGUUAGUUGCUAAACAACCCGCAAUCUUCACGGGCUCAGAGGUUAGGAUGCUUGAUGAUGACAUUCCUCUCGCGCAAUUUGCAGUUGCUUUUGAAGGGGCAUCUUGGUCGGAUCCAGAUGCCAUUGCCUUAAUGGUCAUGCAGUCGAUGUUAGGUUCUUGGAAUAAAAAUGCAGGUGGUGGAAAGCAUAUGGGUUCUGAGCUUGCACAGAGGGUUGCCAUCAAUGAAAUAGCUGAAAGCAUGAUGGCUUUUAACACCAACUACAAGGACACUGGUUUGUUUGGUGUUUAUGCUGUUGCUAAGCCUGAUUGCUUGGACGAUUUGGCCUAUGCAAUUAUGUAUGAGAUCAGCAAGCUAUGUUAUCGAGUAUCAGAAGCUGAUGUGAUUCGUGCUUGUAAUCAGUUGAAAUCUUCUCUGAUUCUUCACAUUGAUGGAACAAGUCCCGUAGCAGAAGACAUUGGGCGUCAGCUGCUUACAUAUGGUAGAAGGAUACCAUUUGCUGAAUUGUUUGCCAGGAUAGAUUCUGUAGAUGCCAGUACAGUUAAACGUGUUGCUAACCGAUUUAUCUUUGACAGAGAUGUUGCUAUUACUGCCAUGGGUCCCAUCCAAGGCUUACCUGACUACAACUGGUUCAGGCGCAGGACCUACUGGCUUCGUUACUAG